UCGGGGAACGUACCAACCGCGGGACGGGGGUGGGCGCGGCGCCGCGGGCUGUUGCUCCCGGAGGUGUAGCUCUUUGCGACCCGGGACCCCCCCGGCUCUGCGGGGGCCUUUGGCGCCUUCGGGUACGACUCGCGGCGGCGCGGAGGUGGGUGCGGGUGGCGGCGCCUUGCUACCCGCCGCGGGGGCGCGGUCGGCCACAGCAGGAGCCGCGUCCAGCUCCGCCAGCCCAGCCAGCCGGACCCCUGGCCGUAGAUUCACGUAGAUUCAAGGUUGGCUCUGCACAGUGUCCACCUCGCUGUCAUCCUGACGUGGUUCUGUGGAAAAGAGAGAGGUAGCAUUACUGUGGGUCCCAGGGAUUGCACACGAUCCUGGACCUAUCCCCAGGGGGCUGUCAGGAGAUAAGGAUCCGGAAGCAGUAGCCUAAGUGAGAGCAGGCCAGCCACGGGCCCACCUAGUUCUGUGUUCCUGGGAGCAAUGAAGCCUACCAACUGCUUCUGGAGGCCCGGCGCUGGCUCUGGACCUCCACUCUGCCACUGACCAUCACAUUGCUGCUCUGGGUUUCCGUUUCCUCAAUCAAAACAAGAGCGGAGCCUGGGCCUUCUCAUUGCCCCAAGCUCCCAAGCAUGUCGGAAGUAGAAAAGGUCAGAAAGCCCCCCAAGAAACAUACACCCUCAAGAUCAGUGGGGCAAGAGCCCCCUCUGUGUGCUGACUCUGCCAAGACUAGAGCCAAGAGCCCAGUUACCACUCUGGCUUCUUCCAGCUCCAAGUUCAACACUAGAGCCACCAACACCUCUUGUGGACUUGGCUGGGAUGCUGGGGGGCACCUGCCAGAGAACGAGGUCAAACUUGAGUUUGCAGACAUAGAGGAGAAGGCUGGUGGCUCCAGGAAGAUCAGCGCCUCCAACUCCCAGAAGAAGAGUGAGAGGGAGCUGCCCCUGCAGAGGAAGAGACCUCGAUCCCUCCCCAGAGCCUUGUCUGUCCCUUCGCCUGACCAGGCUUUCCUGGAGGAGCAGGAGGAAGGUCCCCUGGGCCUGCAUGUCUGCAACAAGAAGAGAAGGGCCUACUCCCUGGAGAGGCCUGGUCUUCACCCAGCUGUCUCUGGGGCAAAUUGCCACGCCAGCCCUGGGCAGGAUAAGAAUAAGCCAAAGGGAGACCCUGGACCCUGUGGUCUCAAAUCUCUGCUGGGGCAGGAGCCCCCGGUGCAGCCUAGGAAGAAGGUGUCCAAGCAGAAGGCACGUGGACGGAGAAAGGAGGGGGAGCAGGCAGCAAGGACAUCGAGGGACCCAGUGCUCAGCUCUGGACAGGCCCCUUCCAGCCUGGUACUGGUUCAGACCAGCAGCCCGGACAGGCGAGAGGUGGGCCAGCCUGGUGAGAAUGAGGAGGUGAGGCAGACCGACGUCCUCAUAGCCCGCCUGGCCAGAGAGGUGCGUCACCUCAAGAAGUGGAAGAAGAGGCAUUUGCUCCCUGGCGUUGGGGAGCAGCCGCCCCUGCUGAGCCUCCAGAGGCCACUCUGCCCCAAGAAGCUGGUCAGCACGGCAGGGGCGGAGGCCAAGGGCUGGGCCCCUGGGCCGCCCCCAGGCCCCCUGGACACCAUGGGUCAGAAGCCCACACCCGACCUGAGACGAUUCUUCACCGUCAACUACAGGAACAUCUGCCGGGUCACCUGCACUCUGUGCCAUGCGAGCAUCAGACAGGGCAAGGUGAAGGGGCAGUCCCAGCCCUCGGGUCUGGUCCGCCACUUGGCAAGUAAGCAUGGGCUGGACGUGGGGAGAAAGCCAACUGCGGCCGGCCCUGGGAGGGAGCAGGGAGGGGCUGAGAAGAAACAGAAGGGCCUGCCCGCAGGUGCCGCUGGCCAGGUCUCCGAGGGGCUCCCAUCACCACGACGCUGCCCGGAUGCCUCACCUCCAGAAGACGGGGAGGGGCAGGCAGCCCCAGGCAGGCCUGAGCAGUUGGUACAGGAUCUGCCCCCGCUGCCUACUCCCACCAGAGAUAAACCUACUGCUGCCCCUGUGGCGGGUGGGGAGGACCAGGGUGGCCUGUAUGCCCCCAACCAGCCCCGAGCACAGGCCUGGAACCACAGCAUUGCCGAGUUACUCUGCAGCCUGGCCUUGCCACUUUCUUUUGUUUCGUCCCCACCCUUCAGAAGAUUUAUGGCCCAGGUGGAUCCCUGCUACCACCUGCCAUCUCCAGCCUUCUUCUCUGGGAAAGCCUUGCCUCUGCUCCAUGAAGCAAUGGGGGAGCAGGUGCGUCAGGAAAUGCGGUGGGCUAAGGGUGGCUGCGUUCACCUCAGUGUGUCCGUGGCAGCCCAGGACACAGUUGUGGACUAUGUGGCCAUCACUGCCCACUGGGGGAUGACACGGCCGGGUAGCCAACAGGUGGGGUCUGGGAGCCCAAGGAAGCAGGCUGUGCUCUGGGUCUGGGGCCUUCCCCUGGAGAGUGCCCUAGAGGACAGGCAGCGGGAGCUGCGGGAGCAGCUCAGCUUGUGGCUCAGCCACGGCUCCCUGAGGCCGGGCUUUCUGGUGGCAGGUGGCUGCCCCAGCCUGGAGCAGGCGGUGAGGACAGAGGGCUACAUCCCUGUCCCUUGCUUUGUCCACUGCCUCGACUCUCUGGUGGGAAGCUUUCUGUGUCACCAUCACAGCGUCCAGAUCAUCCUGGGCACGGCCAGGGCCAUCUGCAGCCACUUCCAAGGCUCCGCAGAGGCCCGGCGGCUCCUCUCCCGGCUGCAGCGGCGGUGCGGCCUCCCAGCGCACCAGCCCUUUUGGGAGCUCUCGGACCACUGGGUCUCUGCCUACCACCUGAUGGAGUGGCUGGUGGAGCAGCAGCGGCCACUGCAGGAGUAUGAGGAGAAACACCAGCUGGGGAAGGCGGGGACGGCCCUGUCGGCCAUGUUUUGGAGCCUGACAGACAGCCUGGUCCAGCUCCUGCGGCCCUUCCAGAUGGUGGUCCUGGAGGCGAGCACCACACAGGCUUCCUUGAGCCUGGUGCUGCCCCAGCUGCGCUACCUGCACAUCUUCCUGGAGCAGGUUCGCGGGUACUUUGAGGAGCAGAGCGCUGGGGAGAUGGGUGCAGCUGUGCGGCUGGCUGAGGGCUUGGCCCUGCAGCUGACCACUGAUGGCCAGCUCACCGAGCUCUUCCACCGCGAGGAGUUUGUGCUGGCGACCCUCUUGGAUCCCCGCUUCAAGGGGAGGAUCGAGGCCAUCCUGCCCGCGGGGGCCGACAUUGACCACUGGAAGCAGGUGCUUGUGUACAAGGUGAAGGAGAUCAUGGUGUCGGAAUACUCCUUGCCUCCCUCGCCGUCCCUGCAGAGCCCCAGGGCUGUGCGUGCGGACGCCGCCUUGAGUGGCAGAGUGGCCAAGAGCUCCGGGGCAGAGGGAAAGGACCAAGAGGACCCUGUGCAGAGAGGCAGUGCCUCUGAGUCUUUGCUGUUUGGCCAGAGGGAGAAGAGCCUGCUGGAGCAGCUGGAAAGCGUGGGGCUGCUGGCCUCCAGGAGGAGUGGUGCCUCGCUCUCCAUGGAGAACCACCAGGCCAGCGUCAUUGUGAAGAAGUAUCUGCGCGAGAAUGAGGUGGUGGGUGCCCAGGAGGACCCCCUGGCUUACUGGGAGAAGAGGUGGGAUGUCUGGCCAGCCCUGGCGAGACUGGCCACCAUCUAUCUGUCCUGCCCCCCGACGGGCACCUUCUCGGCAAGUGUCUUGGCCUCCCUGGGCAGCCGGACCAUCACAGAACAUGACCCCCCUCUCCCAGUGGACGCCAUCCAGCAUCUUCUCUUCCUGAAGACCAACCUGGAGAAUUUCCCCAGCUACACCCCGCCGCCCCUUAUCUUCCCCAGUGGAGACCUGGCUGAUGUGGAACAGACCAGUGAGCCUGACCGCACGGUCUGAUGCCCCGAAAAGCUGCCUGUGGAAAGAAGCAGAGUAUUGCACCGGAGGACAUUAGACAAGGGCAGCGGGAACCUUAAACAUGUUUGAAAAUAAUGAGGGCAGUUUCUCACCUCUUGCCAGAUGGCUGCUUUCGCUUCAGGGAGGUGUCCUUUUCCAUCUGGCCGCCGCUUGACUUAUGGCCAGCGGUGUGUGUGUGGAAAGGUUUACUCCGCUCAUGGGUGACUCCCAGUUGUACUACACAGCUUAUUAACUGUGGUGCUCUUUUAAAAUACCAGUGGGUAGUAAGGGCCCCCCAUGCAGCUUGUCCGUGUGUGUCGGGGGUGCGGGCCCUGAGAGCAGCCAGAGGCCAGGGGAGCCGUGUGUGCUGCGGGGGGGAUAUGCCCAGCCACCCAGGGCAGGGGGACACUGUGGGCGCUCUUCGCUGAGACAGAGGAGCUGUUUUAAGAGGAAGGGGCCCACGGGCACACAGGGCUUCUCAGGGCCUGUACUCUCCCUGGAUCCCAGAGUGCCCCAGAGCUCUGGUGGCUGGGAGCUGAGGGCAUGUGACUGAGGAGAGCUGAGACCCCCCAGUCCUCACACUGUCAUUUUUACCUGUAGUUUGCAGACCCCCAGAAACCUUGGGGUUUCUUCCUUUCUAUAGUGAACACCUCAGGAAGCAAGGAAAGAUGUAUAUCCUAGGAAUGGAACAGCCUGGCCUGAGUUCUUUUGGGGCCAGGGCAGGACCUGAGGGCGUGGGACCAGGCACUGGGGGGAUCCGGUGGAGAAGAAGGAAAAGGCGAGGUAGGGGUGUGGGGGGUGGCCCGUCCCACCCCACAAGACGCGAGUCUAGCUCUCCCAAGGUGCUGGGUCACCAGGGGACAUGGCGAUGAGACGGAAGGUGGGGAGACGCAGGGCGAGGCACCAAGGCCUAAUCUGCACUGUGGCCCUGGCUGUGGGGGUGAGCCUGGGAGGCCUGUCCCCUUGCUUCCCCUGUGUCACUGUGACUAAUUCACUGCAGGACAUUCGGAAGUUACUGAGAACACGAGGAGCUGGAGAAAUUCACAGUCAUCCUUUCAUUCAGAUGGCCUCUGUUACUACUUAAACAUAUUUCCUUUUUUUACUUUGAGAUCAUACCCUGUCCUACUUAGCAUGGUGUAUUUUCAUUUUAACGGUGUCAUUGUGGCAUCUUCUUGAAUAAAGCUUCGUACAGAUCA